GCGUGUGAACUCCCGGGCGGUUUUUAAAUGCAGCAGUGUCAGUCAGUAGAAGAAACUUUUCACUUUUGCUUGGCAUUUUGGAGCUAAAAUUUGUUUCUCAUUUUCAUUGAAAUUGCGGCGAAUAGAACUGAUCUCCCUAUUUUGGUGUUGAGUUUAUCGUUCAUUUGAAGAGUUUAAUAUUCGGAGAAAGACGCCCCGAAGUGCGCCAGGAAUCGCAAUGGCAAAACGCGGUCGCAGACGCGGGGGUUUUAAAAAGGCGAAAACAAACUUGCCCUCGGUGGGAAAGACGCAGCCUUCUAAUGCCACAUCGUUUGGCAAUUUCGGUACACCGAAGAUUCAUCCGGCGAGCAACGAUUGCUAUCCGCUAAACAAGUUGUGCCGUUUGUGUUUGUUGUCCAACAACAAUAUGGAACCGAUUUUUCCUUACCCUGGAGAUAAGCGACUUGCGGAGAAAAUCUUACAGUGCACUAACCUGGAGAUAAAAGAGAAUCCAGAACAGGGGAUUCCGAACUCAAUAUGCGGACAAUGCAAGAAGCAGCUGGAUCAGUGUUACGAGUUUCGUUUGCUGUGCUGGAAGAAUGAUGAAAUCCUUCAUAAUCUGCAUGCCAUUCUAAGCCCUCAAAGAAAGACGCCUUACCAGCAGCAGCAGCAACCUCAGCUACCAAUUCAGUCGCCGUCACGUUCCAAUCCCGUUGUGCAGGUACAGAAAAUGAAUCUGAGCUCUAUUGUAACGCCUAGACGAGGCCGCAUGGCCAGAAAAAGCUUUGGAGAGGUUCCCCUCAGCCAGCUAUACACGCCAUCUCGUUUUGGUCACAUGAGAAACAAGCCGCAAUUUACCAGGGAGUUGGUUGUCCGUUUGACACCGAUUUCGUCGUCCCUUAUCAACAAGUACAAAAAGGCAGCUGCCGCGAAGAAGGUCACUCAAACAAAAGCCGCAAUGAAGUCCUUCCCUCAACCGGUAAAGGCAAGAGGCAGGCCUGCAAAGGUUAUUCCGAAAGCAGCCAAGGCCAGAGCUCCGAUUGUUAAGGCUAAGAUUAGAAUUGCGAAACCGAAAGCUGAGAAAAAGCAAACAAAGGCAAAGGCGUCCAAGGCACCCAAGGCGUCCAAGACACCCAAGGUGUCCAAGGCGGCCACUGCAGCAGCACUGAAAAAGCACAAAGCUAAACGUGCUGAUUCCUCCGUUCCACCGAAAAAGCGAAAGCAAAAUUUCGAAACGGCUCCGCCAACGGUUGCAACAGCCACGUGUGUCCUUUGCACACAGACCUUUACCUCUGUGAAGAGCCUGGGUCGCCACAUGGCUACGCAUGAGAAUGACUUGCUUAUCAAUUCACUGAGCCGUAAAAAUAACCGCGUAUUUAACUGCGACAUCUGCAAGAAAGAAUAUCUCAAAGGAUCGCAUUUCGCCGAACAUCUGGACAGCGCAGAGCACUUAAGCAAUGCUGCACGCAAUGAUGCAGAUGAGAGUGGACUAUCAAUUCUCCCUGAUGGAGUGGAACCGGAGGUUUCCAUUUUGCCGGAUGACGAUGGUGAACGUAUCGUUCCAGACGAGCCAUCAGUAACUGAGGUGAAUGUAUCUCUUGAUUCCUCCGUAAACCAAGAGCCAGAACCAGAACCGGAAGAGAUCACAGAUGAAUUACCACCAGCUAUGGAGGAAAGACAGCAACCUUCACCGGAUGAAACUAAUGAUAAUACUCAACAAGAUGAGCCAUCCCAGUUGGAUGAGUCAGUCGAGCCGGAAGAUGUCGUCACCAACGAUAAAACGGUAAAUGAGGAUGAACCUACGGCUGAGGUAGUAAAUGUAGACCGCGAUCCCAGUCCGAUACCGGUCGAGAGUGAAUCGUCCAGGUCCAGAGAGGGUGCCGCACAGUUUGAUGAACCUGGUUCAACAAACGAAAAUCUGUUCAAUGGAAACGGAUCAGCAGACGCUUCGAACGCAUCACGGCGCGUCACCUUUUCGGACAUCACUGAAAUAGUUGAAUAACUAUUGCGUUGAAUGUAAGAUGAUUGAGAUGAGAUAUAUUUUAUUUUAAAUUCAUGUUAGGUCACCGAUACCAUGGAAACAUCAUGAGUAUUUUUGAGUUUCUAGAUUUUCUUCCACACGUAAGUAGAUUAUUAAGUGAAAGUUUUCAGCAAAUCUCUGACUACAUAAACAUUGUGAAAGCGAUACAUAUUGAGCAACAUCAAUAACAUCAUGUAUUGUACAAAAGACAAAAAUACAAAAUUCUUUUAACAUAUAAUGAUUACCACUGUAAUUUACGCACUAAUUGGUGUUGAAUAAAUGACUUGAAAUGCAUUUUGUAAGUAAA